AUGGGAGCGACGAGCAGCGGCCCCGGCCCGACCCCGGCUCCGGUGCGGCCCCCCCAGGGCCGCGCCGUGGGGUCGUGGGUGCGGGCGCUGUUGAGCCGAGCAGGGUCGGUGCCGGUAUCGGUACCGGUGCCGGUACCGGGGCUCGCCUUGGCCCCGCGGGGCCCCGCCGAGGAGCCGCCGCUGCCCGGGUGGCCGCUGCCGCAGCUCGUCUCGUUGUUCCUGCCGGAGUUCCCCGUCCGCCCCUCCGCCCGCCAGCAGCAGCUCAAGAUCCUGGGCUUCGUGGCCAAAGGCUCCUUCGGGACCAUCCUCAAAGUGCUGGAUUGUGGGAGGGAGAAGGUCUGCGCCGUGAAGGUUGUGCCCAAAGUGGAGGUGCUGCGCCGUGACACCCUCAAACAGUGCAAAGAAGAAGUCAGCAUCCAGAGACAGGUCAGGCACCCGUUCGUGCACGGGCUGGGGGACAGCUGGCAGGGCCAGCGCCACCUCUUCAUCAUGUGCACCUACUGCAGCACCGGGGACCUACACGCGCUGUGGCGCGCAGCCGGCUGCCUGGCCGAGGCCACCGUCCGCCUGUUUGCCGCCGAGCUGGUGCUGGUGCUGGUGUACCUCCACGACCUGGGCAUCAUGCACAGAGAUGUCAAGAUGGAGAACAUCCUCCUGGAUGAGAGAGGGCACCUCAAGCUUACUGAUUUCGGCCUCUCCCGGUACCUGCAGUGGGGCGAGCGAGCCCACACCAUCUGUGGCACCCUGCAGUACAUGGCCCCAGAGGUGCUGAGUGGGGGGCCCUACAGCCAUGCAGCCGACUGGUGGUCCUUGGGAGUCCUGCUCUUUGCCCUGGCCAGUGGGAAGUUCCCUGUGGCUCCAGCGGGGGACCAUGUGGCCAUGCUGGAACGUGUCAAACAGAGCAGCUACGAGAGCCCACCCGAGUUCAGCCCUGAGCUGGCCCGGCUGCUUGCCGAGCUGCUGUGCCACAACCCCCUGUACCGCCUGCGCUACCUCCACCACUUUCAGGGCCACCCCUUCUUCCGCGGGGUGGCCUUCGACGCUGACCUGCUGCAGAAGGACCCGGUGGUGGUGGCAGUGGCCCCGCGACCCCCCGAGCAGCCCCCACCCGACCCCGCCACUUUCGCCGACUUUGACUACGACCUCGCCGCCCCACCGGACCGGCCCUGGCCUGGCUGAGCCACCACGGCUGGGACCCUCGGCAUCGCUCAGGGACAUCCCCUCCCCCGGCAGCGGGUCGGACCCUGCUGGGCCGGGUCCCCCAAGGGGUUUCCCGGGUACCCCCGAUCUCAUCCCCGGGUACCUCAACUCUGUACCUCUCCCCGCGGGAGCAAUAAACCCGAGAGCCGCGGGCA